AUCGUCUAACCUUGGGAAGAGCGUGGCAGCUCACCCACCCCCUCAACGGAUACGUUUACAAAGAUACCUUGAGCGUGACCCAGCCUUCCUCUCUUCAACAUGUCUAGCUAUACUAGCGACGAUUCGAGUCACUCGACCGAGAUCAGAGUACGGCGCGGGCGCGAUCCGUCUCCUUUUUACCACCGGGCACCUGUUCCCCCGCCCGGGCCCCAUCGCGGACCAGCCCCGCACUUUAUCCAGACCGUUACCCGGGAUGUACGGGACCACCGGCCUACGGGCUACUUUAACGCACCCGGCCCUCGCCGGCCGGACGAGCGCAUGACCAUUGUUCAUACCCGCUCUCGGUCGAGAGAGCGCAGGUCCCCGCCGGUCCGCACUGGGCCGAUGCCUGUGCCUCCGCCUGUGGCGGCUCCUCCCCAGGUGAUCAUCAACCAGCCGUUUGUUGAUCGUCGCCGGGCCGAGCGAGAACGGGAUUCGGAUUCUUCCUCGGACGACUCGUCCCGUGGGUCCUCCCGGCGUCAUCGCCGGCGCCACAGGCACCACCGGUCACACAGCCAUGUCCGCAGCCGGUCCUCCAGCACCCACAGCAACAUCGAGGACGCCAGGAAUCAAUGGAAGCUGCAGAGCGCAAAUGAGCAGCUCGCCCUCCUCCGGCUCGAGGCCCAAAAGAGGGACGAGCAGCGUCAGAUGGAGCGGUACUCCAAGGAGCAGGCCGAGCUCGCGCAGUCGCGCGCCGACCUGGAGAUGCGGCAACGGAGGGAGGAGGACGAGCUCCGCCACGACCGCUACCGCGACGAGUACGAGCUGGAGCACCUCAAGCGCGAGAUCGCCCGCAUCCGGCGCCAGGAGGAAGACCUGAAGGCCGAGCACGCGCGCGAGGAGCAGGCCAAGUUCGUCAAGGAUAGCGACGAGCUGGCCCGGUUCAAGCGCGAGCAGGACGAGAUCAAGCGCGCAAAGCAGGCCGAGGCCGAAACCGAGUACCAAAAGCAAAAGGCCGAGCUGGAGCGUCGGAUACGCGCCGAGGAAGAGGCCAAGCGCGACAAGGCCUUCGCCGACGAGACCAAGGCCAAGGCCGCGCUCGCCGAGCUGGAGCGCAUCAACGCGGAGCGGGAGCGCAGGGAGGAGGAGGAGCGGAUUCGCCGCGAGAUCGAGCUCAAGAGGCUCGAAGAGGAGAAGAAGGCCGCCGACGAGGCCAAGCGCAAGGAGAAGGAGGCCGAGGAGGCCAUCGCCGCGUACAAGGCCAAGGAGAUGGAGCGCGCCCAGAAGGAGAAGGAGGAGCAGGAGGCCCGCGACAAGGAGCUGCAGCGCAUCAUCCAGGAGCGCCUGAUCAACUCGGGACUCGACGAGAAGGAGAUCGAGGCCGUCAUGAAGAACGAGAAGAUCAAGCGGGAGAAGAAGGAGGAAGAGGAGAAGCAGAUCGCCCGCCCCACCUACACGCGCAUGUCGCUCCGGUAUCUCGACAUCGAGACCCUCAUCCACCACAAGAUCGAGUUCGACCUAGACCCGGAACCGGGCUACGUCAUCAUCAAGCGCUGGGUGCCCGAGUGGGAGCAGACGGUGCUCUGGGAGCACACGCGGCGGCGCCGCGGCGGCGACAGCGGCAAGAUCAUGCUCGAGGUCGACGACGGCCACCGCCACCGCCACCGCCACCGCCACUCCUCGUCGGGCGACUACGAGUUCGUCCGCGCAAAGUCAAAGUCCCGCCACCGCAGCAAGUCGCCCGGCCUGCUCAUGUACUUGGCCGGCGGCCGGCCGCGCUAAGGGUGUGUCGGCGUCGCUGGGGUUGUCGGUCGGUGUCGUUGUGUGAUGGAUGGAUACCCUUCUUCUCUGGCGAGUUUCUGUGGUUGAGUUGAGCUGUUAUAUCUUGUUCU